AUGAGCUUCGCUAUCGAAGUCCCAGGCGAUGCGAAUCCGCUGUCAUUGCAGUCGCUUUACCAGACACUGCAGUCAGCCACCUCAACCGAUUAUGCGCAGCGUCAGACGGCAGGGCAACAACUAACAUCAUGGGAGCUCCAACCAGGCUACUACUCUUCGUUGCAGGCUGUCUACCUCGACAAGUCCCUCGCCUACGAAGUUCGAUUUCUCGCCAUUAUUCAGCUCAAGAACGGUAUUGACCGCUAUUGGCGGCUGUAUAAUCAGGUCAAGAAUAGUAUAAAACCGGAGGAGAAGAGCUUGAUACGCUCACGACUAUUCCAAGGUUCUAUCGAGGAAGAGCACACCAACCUUGCUCUACACAAUGCCCUGGUGGUCGCGAAGAUCGUUAGAAUCGAUUAUCCUGGCGAAUGGCCAGAUGCUAUGGGCAAUAUUAUCGAGCUACUCCGUUCAUCGCGAAAUGGCAACCAAAGACAUCUUCACGGCAUCCUCGAGAUUCUACUACGAGUGGUAAAGGAACUGGGAACCGCACGAAUGCGAAAGAACCAGACCGCGCUACAAUCAGUCACCCCUGAGAUCGUUCACGUUCUAAGCGAAGUCUACUCAGAAAAGUCCCAGGCAUGGAUGGGCUUCCUUACUGGUGGGCCGGGACGUCAGGAGGAAGUCAACCUGGCUAUGCUCAACAGCUUACUUGCUCUUCGAGUCCUCCGCCGACUCGUUAUAAUGGGCUACGAGCGCCCCCACAGUGACAACACUGUUGAGCAAUUCUGGACUUUGUCACAGAACCAGUUCGGGCAGCUGCUCAACCUUGUUAGUCAUGACUCGGCAGUCCCACCAAAUUAUCAAGAAGUUGUUGGCAAACACUUGCUCCAAUUUACCAAGCUACACAUUGACAUGGCGGAGCAGCAUGCCGCCAGCUUUGUGUUUCUUCCCAACUCUAUCCCAUUGGUGCAAUCAUAUUGGGAGCUGGUUGCGAAGUUUGCAGAGGUAUUCGAUAAGUCUGGCGGUAUCAGACAAGGCCCAUCAGAGACCGGAUCUGCAAAGUCCAAGGUCGAGGGCCCUGUACUAGAAAGACUGGCGCUCAAGGGACUUCUCCUUCUCAGGUCAUGCGUUCGAAUAGGGUUUCAGCAUGUCCAGACUUUUAGAUGGCGAAGCCCAGAAACAAAAGCCGAGCAAGAAAAGGCUAAGAACCUGAUCAAAACGGAACUUUUGAAACCCGAUCUCGUCAUUCAAAUUGUUAACUCCAUCAUCACCCAUCUCUUUGUCUUCCGUAAGUCGGAUCUUGAAGGUUGGGAGGAAGAUCCCGAGGAGUGGGAGCAACAGGAACAGAGCGAAGGAAAUGCUUAUGAGUGGGAAGUGAGGCCAUGUGCUGAAAAGCUAUUCCUGGAUCUUCUCACAAACUAUAAGGAGUUGCUAGUCCCUCCCCUGUUGUCUUAUUUCCAGACAGCACAAGAUCCACAGGCCGAUAUUGCUACCAAAGAGGCAGUUUAUACUGCAAUGGGCCUCGCCGCUGCUCAUGUUCAUCAUAUGUUUGACUUUGAUGCCGUUCUGGCUUCAACGAUUGUCAAUGAUGCACGUCUAGAAGGCGGACUCUGCAAGGUACUGCGGCGACGAAUCGCCAUCCUUGUGAGUCAGUGGGCUCCUAUCAAGCUCGAUGACUCAAGUAGGCCAAUUGUCUACCAAAUUUACCGGCAUUUCCUCAACCCUGAGGAUGAGACCAAUGAUGUGGUUGUCAGAAUUACAGCUGCCCGACAACUACGAUGGAUUGCCGAUGAGCUUGACUUCAACGUGGAUGCUUUCCUGCCAUACACUUCUGAUGUUUUGUCACAACUCAUCAACCUUGUUCAAAGUGUUGAUGUCGAUGAGACCAAGUUGGCUAUCCUUGAGUCCAUUAGAAUUCUGGUUACACGAAUGGAAGAGCAAGUAUCACAAUUUGGAGACCAGCUCAUGUCGGCUCUUCCUACAGUUUGGGAGAACUCGGGUGCUGAAGAGUACAUGAUCAAACAAGCAGUCACAUCAAUCUUCGCAGCCCUCGUUAUGAGCAUGGGCCCCGAUUCACAACGAUAUCAGCAUUUCAUGCUGCCACUCCUCUCUGAAGCAGCCCGUCGGGGAUCAGACCUACACCUCCAUCUGAUUGAUGAGUCUUUGGAAUUGUGGAAUAAUAUUCUCAUGCAGAGCUAUGCUCCCCUGGCUCCUGAGUUGGUAAACAUUGCAGAACUUGUUCUGCCACUACUCGAAUAUGAUAGUGAGACGGCCUCACUGGCUCUAACAGCUGUCGAGUCUUAUAUCCUUCUUGCUCCCGCUUCUAUGCUUGAAGACCGCCUGCGUCGCCCGACAUUAAGCGCCUUGUCUAAUAUCUUAGAUUCAAAGAGCCGGGAACAAGUUCGCAUGGGUACUAGUUGCAUUGAGAAUUUUAUCAGGGCCGCUGUAGAGCUUGGCGGCUCGACGGGCGUUUCAGUUAUCUUACAGGAUAUGGUUGAAAUCGGCUUCAUGAACAAAAUUCUCGGAAACCUACAUGACGCUUGGGAAUCACAUCAGACCACAGGCCCUAACCGAAAGGUCAGCAAACUCAGUACUAUCACUGAGACAGAUUACUUUGCCAUUCUAGGACGAUUGGCUCUUGCUGAACCCACACUCUUCAGUCAGAUGCUGACCAAUAUAGGUUCGCUUGAUCAAGUCUGGGCCUGGCUCUCAUCUGAGUGGUUCUCGCACAUGUCAAGCAUGGACCACAUUGAGCGGCAGAAGCUCUACCUGCUUGGCUUGACAAGACUGCUGGAAUUGCCAUCACCAGUUCAAGAACUCGUGUUGAGUAAGCUACAGGACUACUUCGAUAUGUGGAUCAAUGUGAUUUCUGAUCUCCAAGAUGGUGUGGCAAACGGAACUGAUACCCUGAUAUGGGGUCCUUUGGAGACCACCGAAUAUGAUACCCCCAAGAUUAUUGCGGAGCGCAACAUGGAAGCCAAAGAUCCCAUCCAUACCGUUCACGCCUUCGAUUUUGUCAAGAUGCGCCUGCAGGACUUGGUGAACAUGGUCGGAGGUGAGCAGGCCUUCCAGGAGCAGUGGGCUGUCAAUGUGGAUAAAGAGGUGCUGGACAAGUUCCAGCAGAUGGCUUCUGGUGUUCAGCAACAACAGCAGCAGCAGCAGUAA